CGGCGGCACCUGUUUCCACGGGACACCUACGCGCGUGACAUGGAGAGGCGACGCGAAAGGGACCCCUGGUUCCUAGGAGGCUGCCAGCCACUGUAGGUUUACAUGGAGCAUCCCUGGCUGCGUUCGGACCCUACAGGCAGCUGGUGAGAGCUCUGCUUGUUCUGUAAAGUGGAUGUCAGGUGGAUCUAUGGUCUUGAAGGAACAAAGAGCAAACGAAGGGAAAGCCGUGGAAGUUUGAGCCGGGAGGAUGCAGGCUGUGUAUUGGUACGCCGUGCUUCUGCUGCAGCCUACUCUCUACCUGGUCACAUGUGCAAAUUUAACAAAUGGCGGCAAAUCAGAACUUCUAAAAUCAGGCAGCUCCAAAUCCACACUAAAGCACAUAUGGACAGAAAGCAGCAAAGACUUGUCCAUCAGCCGACUGCUAUCACAGACUUUUCAUGGCAAAGAAAAUGAUACAGAUUUGGACCUGCGAUAUGAUGCCCCAGAAACUUAUUCUGAGCAAGAUCUCUGGGAUUGGCUGAGGAACUCCACAGAUCUUCAAGAGCCUCGACCCAGAGCAAAGAGACGGCCCAUUGUCAAGACUGGGAAAUUUAAGAAAAUGUUUGGCUGGGGCGACUUUCAUUCCAACAUCAAAACUGUGAAGUUAAACCUUUUAAUAACUGGGAAAAUUGUUGAUCAUGGCAAUGGGACGUUUAGCGUUUAUUUCAGGCACAAUUCCACUGGCCAAGGGAAUGUAUCUGUGAGCCUGGUGCCCCCAACCAAAAUAGUGGAAUUUGACUUGGCACAACAAACAGUGAUUGAUGCCAAAGAUUCCAAGUCCUUUAACUGUCGCAUCGAAUAUGAAAAGGUUGACAAGGCCACCAAGAACACACUCUGCAACUAUGACCCUUCAAAAACAUGUUAUCAGGAGCAGACCCAAAGUCAUGUGUCAUGGCUCUGCUCCAAGCCCUUUAAAGUAAUCUGUAUUUACAUUUCCUUUUAUAGUACAGAUUAUAAACUAGUACAGAAGGUGUGUCCUGAUUACAACUACCACAGUGACACGCCCUACUUCCCUUCAGGUUGAGAAUGAACAACAUGUGUCUGAGACUGAAGCCUGAGGAAUAAAAGAGGUCAUAUGACAGGGCUGUUACCUCAAAGAAGAAGGCCACCCCAUUGCCUGGAAUGUGUCUACACUCUGCUGCUGUUGCUGUCAAAUGGCUGCAAAUAUGUUAGCGGAAAACAAUCUAAUGUAAUUUCUGCCCAGUCAGCUCCAUGUAUCAGUCUAGUUGUAAAUCACUAUGGAUUCGAAAUAAAACCACACAGACACUCACUCUUUUCAGCUCACACCUAUUAAGAUUCCUGUUAAGAGGGCUGUCUUUGUCUGAUACAUAUUGUUUCAGGAUAACCUAUCAUCAAGCCAAAAGGAUUAACUAGACAGAGAAUGGUUUCUAACACAAACUGUUAUGGAAAUCUCCUUGAAAGUCUUGAAUACAUGCCAAUCAAUAAUCCCCACUCAUGCAUUCUACUGCUUAGACUAGCUGUACUGGUAAAUAAUACUAUAGGAGUAAAUGCUUGUUAAAAUGGGGAAAAAAUGUGUGUCUAGAGUUCAGUAUUUCUUAUUAUAUGAACACAGCAAAGCAUAGUGACUUUUUUUCCAGCAUACAGUAGGCACAUUCAAGGUGGCGUUAGGUGGCUCUUUUUCUGUGGAGGGAGCCUAUUACUAGUAAAGAUGAGCAGACAUUUGGAAUUUACAUGUGGGCAGACAUUAUGGUUUCAUAUUUCUUCACUGAACAUUUAAAUUGGCAGAGUUGAGACCAGCUGAGCUACUUAAAAACUCUCCAACUGUUCUGCAAGAAGGAAAAUGCCUGAUAGACAACAUGUAAGUUAUAAGUGGCUGUCUUAUCUUUAUUACAAAUAUUGUAACAAAUUCAAUAUCCUAGUCUUCAUUUGUAUGAAUGGUUUGUAUUGUACAUAGUUUAACCAGUGUUAUUUGAGCUGCUUAUUAAUAUUAACUUGUAAUUGUCUCUCUGCUUGUUAUUGGUUAAAAACAAUCAAGGAAAUGAGGAAUUCAUUUUAUCAAUGUAGCUGUAAACUCCAUUAAAAAGACAGAAUUAUGUACAAAGCAUUUAUUCAGCUAAAGUAUUGUUGAGAGCUAUACAUAUACAACAUUACGGUCUGUCUGUAUUUAGAUAUUUUAUUUCCAGACAAAAAAUGAACUGUACAUAAAAAUAAAAUACUUAAAGUUGAGUUUCAAUAUGUACUGUGUAGAUGGUGGUUUAAAUGGUCCAACAAGAAGACUAUGCUCAAACUCCAUCAUGGUUUUCAAUCUUGCGUCUUCAAAUUUGUGCAGAAUUAUCCCAAGUUAUAGCAAGCAGGCAGAUCUCAAUGCCGUCAUAGGGCCUUGUUGACUUCAGUGGGAGUCAUCCCUCAAAGAACAAUUUGCAGGAGCAGGUCCUAAAUUAUUAUUAGUCAUAAAUGAAAGCAACUUACCAAUUUAAAAGUGGGAAAAGUUGUUCUCUCUGUGUGUGCACAAGUCUGCCUUUGUCUUAAUUAUAACCUAGUGUAGACACAGACCUCCUUGUAUGUAGUGGAAGAGUUUUAUUCCUCUAAUAGGAAAGCAAUUGAUUGUACAUCAUUUUUGUGCAUAGUGGCACACUUUGUCCCCAGCUUCCAGCUAUCCAACCACAAUAACUUCACUGGUAUGUUUAUACCUAAUUGAAGGCUGUAUUGAAAGGAUCUCAGAUUCCCUUUCAUUUCUCUUAGGAUUACCAUUUGUGCCCACCCACACAUGAAUUUUAUCCUUCGCUCCUAGAUGGCUGCCAAAGCUGUGCUGAGAAAAGUCUAUGCAGGAAACAAAGAGAAGCCUUUCCAAAGCCCAGACAUGCACUUCUCUAAUGCUCCGGAGAUUCAAAGGUCCAAGAAGUGAGAAAUCAGAGACCACUUCCAAUCCCAUGUUGAAUUGCCUGGGACUUAAAUCAAGAUCCUAGAUGAAUCUUUUGUCACCUUAACCCUCUUACUAAAGAAUAGUAUGAAAAUGAAACAAAUGAAUAAAACUAAUGACAAAUGUUUAUACCAUUGACUAUAAGUGAAGGAGAGGCUUCCACAGUAUCAAGUCUUUAACUCCUUGGAAACAAUAUGCUAAUGGAAAUUAUUUCUUCAUCAUACGAGAGGACAAUCUUAUUACCCUGGAUCUGCGAACUCUGCACAGUUUUGGAGAAAGAGAUGGUCCAAGCCAUAAAGUUCAGAUUCUGAUCCACAUUUCCACAAUGUCCGGGAAUACGCAGAGCCAGGAUUUUGCUUCUGCUUCACCUCUGCUAGUAAUUGUGAAUCGACUGCUAGUGAUUCAUGAUUUGUGUUGUGUGAAAAGUAUCUGUUCUGCAUAUUAAAA